AUGAUUCGUAAUUUUCUCCGCGGAAUCUCUAGUGUCAAAUAUAUGACCAUCGCUUCGAGUACUCUUGAGGUCAUCUAUGACUACUCAAGAUGUGAACGACUACCCUUAUUCCGUAACCUAUCUUUCUUGCGUGUUGAGUUCUACGGCUACAGCUGGGAAAUGUUGCCAAUCUUUCUUGAGAGCUGCCCGAAUCUAAAAUCUCUUGUCGUGGGAUCUACUACAUAUCAGGAGAAGGAGGGAAUCAAUAUUUUGUCCGAACCUCGGUGUUUCCUAUCAUCCCUCGAGUAUGUUAAGAUAGAAAGACCACUGAAAGGGGAGGCGAAUGAAAUGAAACUAGUGAGUUACUUGCUUGAGAACUCAAACAACAUCAAGAAACUAACCUUAUGCUUGGAUGGUUCCAUAAAGAAAGAAGAAUCUGUUAUCCUCAAAGAACUCCUUACCAUUCCAAGACUCUCUAUAUCAUGCCAAGUUGUCGUUCUCUGA